UGCAGAAUAACAAGUGCUAGUGAAAAAAGGGUAAACAAAAAGGAACAAAGCAAAGCAUGUUCUCCACUGUUGUGACUGAUAAUGAUGUGAUCUGAAGUGUGAACUUUCAAAGAGAAAAGUCAAGUACAGUACGAAUCGCGAUCCUUCCUACCUUCCCAAUCCAACAAAGGAACCAUUCCCUGGCGGCCAAAGGGGUCAGUCAACCUGAAACAGCAACCCAAUCCAAUCCAUUCUAAACAAUCCCAAAAACCUCAAGCAACUCGAACCAAUCUUCUUAGUUUCACACACACAAUGCUUCCUCGUACCCUGUUUGUUCUGUUAUUCUUGUUGGCAUCCCGGGUCGACUCGCACCAGGAAUCGGGUCCCUGGAGCUGCGAAUCCAGCUCGGAGAACCGAGUCGAGUCCCAGUUCAGUCCAGGAGUUAUCACACUCGAUGGCCAUGCCGACGAUUGGAAAGACAUUGAUGGGUCCCAGUUCGCUCUUCUCCCUGCACUCGACCCUGAUGUUGAAAAUGAGUUCAAAGGUGGAAAGUUGAACAUUAAGAGUCUGCAUGAUGGACAUGAUAUAUUCUUUCUGCUGCAAGUUGAUAGUGAUUAUGCCUACUCUAAAGGUGAGAGCAACAAUUGUCCAUCUGUUGCUAUCAUGUUUCAAAUUGGGGAUAGUGCUUCUUAUCAUAAUAUGGGUGGCUGUGAGGAACAUUCGACCUCGUGCACCGACAAGACCUGUAAAGGUCACGAGGUUGACAUUAUGCACUUUGCAAUUGGAAAUGCUAUUCCGGGACGGCUAUAUGGUGGGAAUCACCUAGACAAUACGGAUGGGAACGGCGGUGACAGGUUUGGCCACUUGGUUGAUCUUUAUGCCUGGAAUCCACAUUGUAGAUACUUGGAUGGAACUGGUCCUUCAGGUUCUGGUAACGAUUCUAGUGCACAGAAUGACUGGAAGGGUGCUUGGUGGCAUAGCAGCUUUACUGUUCACUCAGGUUUUGUAGAGGAAGAAAGUCCUUAUUCAGAAAAUGGGAAAAAGGGCACAUACUUUUUUGAAUUCUCUAGGCCUUUGAGGACUAUGGAUCAUCUUCAACAGGAUGUGCAAUUCACCAUUGGUGGAUCCAGCAAGAUGUCUGUUGCGUUCUGGUAUCCAGAAGAUGGCAAGCCAUGGCAUGGUUCUGGACACUACUCUGUCAACUGUGAUUGGGUUCCCAUCGAUAUAUCUCAGGGAAGUUCUUUGAGUGGCAAGUUAGCAGGCACAGCAGGAUCAAGUAGCUCAUGGAAUUUUGCAAGUGCCUUUUCUCUUAUACUAUCAGUAGCAGCACUUUGUGUGUCUGUGUUUGUGAGCUAUCGGAUUUUCUCUCCCAAGAGUGUCCCCUUUACACCCAUGGAGGACCUUUAAAUAUUGUACAAACAGCUUGAGUUUGAGAUUGUACUAUUCAUUAGGCUUGUACUAGAUAGCUUUGUACUGUUUAGUGCUUUUUCUUUGCUCCAUUUUUAAAUUUAUUUGAAGCAUUACUUUAGUUAUUCUACGCAGUGUCAGAAAAAUUGUUAAUUCAUUAUCAGCAUUGUGGAAUCCCAUCUACUUGUGCUUAGUUGUUGCA